AAUUCAACUGUCAAACGUCAAGUCAAAGGGCUCAAAAGAUAAACACACUUGAAGAAUUUUAAUUUUUAAUGUUUUUAUUUGUGAAAGAGGGUUUUUUUCAAACUUCAUAAACCAUUUUUUUUAUUUAAUUUAUGAUAAUGUCGUAUCAACUGUAUAGAAAUACCACUUUGGGGCAUACUUUACAAGAAAGUUUAGACGAAUUAAUUCAGUAUGGACAAAUAACACCCCAAUUAGCUUGCAAAGUAUUAUUACAAUUCGACAAAUCGAUAAAUCAAACUUUGGCCACAAGAGUAAAAGCUAGAUUAACUUUUAAAGCUGGUAAACUCAAUACUUACAGAUUUUGUGAUAAUGUAUGGACAUUUAUGUUGAACGAUGUGGAAUUUAGGGAAGUACAAGAAAUUACUAAAAUCGACAAGGUUAAAAUAGUAGCUUGUGAUGGAAAGAACGUUAAUGAAGAAGGAAGUUCUAAAAAGUAAGGUAUAUAGUAGAUUUCAAUUAAUUAUUUUGUACAUAGACUGCUAUCUGUAUAAUUUAGUUUAUUUUGUAUACAACAUCUUUUUAGAAUUGGAAUAAGCAAUUAUUUUAUAUAUAUAUACAAAAAUACAGCUUAGUUAGUUGCGUUGAAAUUAUUCUUAUUCAUGAAUUUUAUUUAUGAUUAAAAGUUUUAUACAAUUUUUUUUCCUUAGAUCGUUGCUGAUUUCAAUUUCUAUCAUGACCUUUAUGUAUGAAUUUUUAUUAAGAAAUAGAAUUAUCAAUUUUCAACUUUAUAUUUAUAGAAAUUAAUAAAAAAAUUAGUUGAAAAAAUCUGAUACAUGAUUGUGGACAAUGUUUUUUUCUACAUUUUUAAUUAUGAAAUUCAGCAUGAUGCUACUCAAAAUUUAAAUAUAUAUAGUUCAGGAAAUAAAGCUCAAAAAAGGCAAAACAACGCAAUUUUUUCGUCCAGCAUCGAUUUGUACAAAACUAAUUUCACCCUCUAGUUCAUUUUUUAUAUUAAAUCGUUCUACGUUUUUUGUUUUUUAAAGAUGAAAACUUCCCCUAAUUGUAAAAAAUUAUGAAAUAACAUUUUAAACCUUAACAUGGGUAAAAUUUGGCUUGGAUUAAUUAAAGUUGAAAAAUUAUUCCCCUCUACCGAUCAAUUAAGUCCUCAAACAUCGUCAAAACAUCACUGAACACGUUAAAGAUGUUAUUGACGUAUCCCCUCCACGCUCAAUAUUAUUGACAAUAUCCCCUCCACUUUUGGUUGUCAAUACCACACCAUAUUGUUAAUAUUAUUGACCGUGUAAGGUCCGUUUUAGUUUUUUUAUGGCGUAUCGUACAUUUUCAUUGUGAAUUCUUUGUUGUUUCUAAAUACAGUAGGACAAGUCACUGGCAGUACUUUUAAGUGUUGAUUUGAAUUUUAUAUUUCCUUUUUAUUUUUUUUUUAAAUUGUGUGUUAAUUUCGUAUUAUCCUGUACAAGACAGUUUUCGAAAUAAAAAUAAAAAAACCAUAAUUGGGUAUUAAUUUCGUAUUUUCCUGUACACGACAGAUUUGGAAAUAAAGAUAAAAAACUAUAAUUGUGUGUUAAUUUCAUAUUACCCUGUACAUUUCUCGAAAUAAAGAUUAGAGAAAACUUUAAUUGUGUGUUAAUUUCGUAGCACCCUGUACAUGACAUUUCUCGAAAUAAAAAUAAAAAAAAACUUGAAUUGUGUGUUCAUUUCGUAUUACUAUGUACUUGACAUUUCUUGAAAUAAAGAUAAAAAGAAACUAUAA